AUGUCAUACAUUCAGAAAACAUGUUCACGGGAAAGCAGCAAUGAAUUCUGUCGUGAUAUGGAGAUACAGGACGACGGAAUCCAUACGAAGGAUGAGAAUUGCGGUCUUUUACAUGAGGAUGAUCCUCACCUUUCCCUAGCAAAGGAAAGCACCCCGCAUCCAACAUUACGACCACUUCUCAUUCAUGGUCUGCUCGUCACAUUUUACACACUUUUAUUCUUAUUCUUCUUUUGGUUCUCGCAUCACAAACCUGUCGAGCGAUUGUGCAGGUCAAACCCUGUAUCUGUUGUUGCAUUGGACGAUCUGAAUAUCAGUUACGUUCCCCAGAUCUUCAAUAGACUCGCCGGCAAAGGCAAUCACACGACAAGCUUGGCCGGACCACCCACUCCAGAGCGCGAUGCAGCAUGGAGAGAAUUCUCUCUCCCAAUGAAUAUAAGGGUCCAGAAAGACGAGCUGGACAGGAGCAAUAUGGAAAGCGUUGCUUUGCCGAACGGAGGUUUCAUGGGUCGCCUGGGGUUUUAUCAUGAUAUUCACUGUUUGGCAUUAUUGCGUCAAUGGAAUUACAGAGAGCAUUAUUACGGUGAUAUAGACAACUCUCAGAAACGGUUUCUUGAGGAGCAUGCGGAUCAUUGCAUUGAGAUGUUGAGAUUGAGUACCAUGUGCCAUGGCGAUGCCAGUCUGCAGACUUUUAAGUGGCCAAAAGACUUGGAUGGUAAAGAUAUGGAGGAAAUUGUACCAGAGUUCGAUGCUCGAAGCCCUAGUGUUCAUGCAUGUGUAGACUGGGAGUCGUUGACUGACAGUUUACGAGGGAGAGAAGUUAGCCGCGAUGAGAUAAAGCUGCUCCGAUGGCCGGGGAACUCAUAG